UCAGUUUCUGGGUGGCCAAAGGUGAUACGAGACACGAGAUACCAAGAGCAGUGUACCACUAUACCAUCAGCAUGAGUGCGUCCACCACUACGAGGAGGUUAGAAGCUGGAGGUGUGCUUUUUCUUCCUUGUUAGUAUAUCCUUUCUCUAAGCGGUGAAUUUACAAAAGAGAGAUAGGUGUUGAGGUGUGGAUCAAGGCUCACACAUCGAUACACAUUCAUGGAGUCUGCGGCAGUGAGUGCUUUCUUGAAGCCCGUGAUGGGAAGGCUCUUCUCGUUGCUGGAGGAGGAGUACAGCAAGCACAGGGGCCUUGCGCAAGAAACUCAAUCCAUCCAGCAGGAUCUGCGCAUGAUCGCUGCUGCCAUGGAUGACCAGCUGCGCGGCAUGGGGAGGCAUGAGCGCACCGCCAUCGCGAGGCUGUACAGUGAGGAGAUUCUUGAUCUCGCACACGACAUCGAGGACUGCGUUGACCGCUUCAUGCAUCGCCUCAGGUGCAGGCAGCGUUGCAGCAAUGGGGGAGCAGCAUCUUCCUUUGUGCAUCGGGUGGCUCAUGAGCUGAAGAAGGUCCAAAGCCGUUCUAGCUUUGCUGACGAGAUCCACAAGCUCAAGAGGCGCCUCAAGGAAGUGCAUCAACGGGUUGUCGAUGCUGUUCCUGUUGUUUGCGGUGGUCAACCCAACGGAUUGUCAUCUAUGGUCGCCUCCACAGAGCCAUGUCAUCGCGUGACUCGCAACCUGGUGGGCAUCGAGAAGCCCAUGGAGGAGGUACAAUUGCUGCUAGACGAGGUGGAUGGUGAGCCACAGCAGCUGAGGGUGAUCUCCAUCGUUGGGUUUGGUGGCUUGGGGAAGACAACCCUUGCGAGGGCAGUCUAUGACAACCCUCACACCAAGGAAAAGUUCGACUGCCGUGCUUGGGUUUCUGCCACUGGUAGCUCACUAGAGACCACUGGCCGACCGAUUAGGGAUGUCCUGCGUGAUAUACACCAGCAAGUUGUUCCCAAAGACACCAUGGAUGUUGACAACAACAAUCUUGAGGCCUCCCUCAAGGAAUACCUCAAUGACAAGAGGUACUUAAUUGCCAUAGAUAACGUCCAGAUGGAUGAAUGGAGAACCAUCACGUCAGCCUUUGAAGACAACAGUACAAGCAGCAGAAUAAUAUUGACGACAAAUAUUCAGUCGGUGGCUAACAUGUACAGCCAUGGCAAUGGUUAUGUCUACCAUAUGGACACCCUUGGUGAAGAAGACUCCAAGAAAAUAGCCUUUCCAGGGAUAAGGUCACCUGAGUUGGAGCACGGUUCAGCAGCUCUGCUAGGAAAAUGUGGUGGCCUUCCACUAGCCCUCGUUUGUGUUUCCAACUAUUUAAAGAGUUCAACUGAGCCAACAGGAGAGCUUUGUGCAAAGUUAUGCCGCAACCUUGGUUCUCAUCUGAAGGAAAAGCAUGGCCAUGACAACUUUUCAGAUCUAAGAAAGGUUAUUCUUGACAACUAUGACAGUUUUUCAGGCUAUGCUCUUACUCGCUUCCUGUAUCUUGGCAUCUUCCCAAACAAUCAUCCUCUCAAGAGAAAGGUUAUAACUAGGAGGUGGUUAGCCGAAGGUUAUGCUCGAAGUGAAUCUCCUCGUCCUGAGCAGGACAUUGCAGAUGAGCACUUUAAUAAGCUUAUGGAUUGGAAUAUCAUUCGGCCUAUUGACACAAGAAACAAUUCACAAGUGAAGACUUUCAAAACUCAUGGGAUCAUGCACGAGUUUCUACUACAAAAGUCCUUGUCACAGAGAUUCAUCAUGACAUUGUCUCCUGAACAUCAAAGAAUGGGUACCAACGCUAAUAAUGCUCGCCACCUAUCUUUCCAUGAUGGCAAACUGACAGAAUGUGUGGCAUCUGAUGAAGAUUUGUCUCGCGUUCGAUCCCUAACAGUUUUGGGGGAUGCAGGUGGAGCCAUUUCUUAUGUUCGCAAGUGUAAGCUCAUACGAGUCUUGGACCUAGAAGAAUGCAAUGACCUGGAAGAACUUGAACUCAAACACAUAUGCAAACUAUGGCAUCUGAAAUAUCUCAGCUUAGGGCCCACCAUCCAUGAGCUUCCCAGGUGCAUCGAUGGCCUACACUGCUUAGAGACACUGGAUCUAAGGGCAACAAAGAUAAAAUCAUUGCCCAUCGAGGCCAUUCAACUGCCACACUUAACUCAUCUGUUUGGAAAGAUUAUGCUUGACAACGAUGACUUGAAGAAUGACAACAAGGUUAGUAAACUUAAAAAGUUUUUAUCUGGAAAAAAGAGUAACUUGCAGACUUUAGCUGGAUUUGUCACUGACAACAGCAAAGGUUUUCUGGAAUUUAUUGCCUAUAUGAAUAAAUUGAGGAAGGUCAAGAUAUGGUGCACGUGUGCUGCAAGUAGCAGUAGUUAUAUCAGCGACCUUUCAAAAGCCAUUCAGAAAUUCAUAAAGGUUCCUAUCGACAGAGAUAAUGGUUGUUCUCUCUCACUUGAUUCUUGUGAAUCCUCUGAACAUUUCCUGAGUUCACUCAAUUUGGAACCUUGCUCUGAUGGUUCAAAAUAUGAUCUUAGGUCACUAAAGCUGCAUGGAAAGUUGCUUCGGUUGCCUCCUUUUGUAAUCCACUUGUCAGGUCUCACUGAUCUGUGCAUCUCAUCGUCUACCCUGACACUGGCUCUUCUAUCAGCGCUGGCAACUUUGGAAAAAUUGCUUUACCUGAAACUGAUUGCAGAGCAGCUUGAGGAUUUUCAAAUAAAACCAGGGGCAUUCCCAAGUCUUCGGCGACUGUGCUUUGUAGUGCAAAGUCUCACUUCAGCACUGCCAAGAUUUGAGCAAGGAGCUCUCCCAAACCUCGUCUCACUUCAGCUUCUCUGUCGAGGUUUGGUUGGUCUUUCAGGCAUCAACAUCAGGCAGUUCAAGCACCUCAAGGAGAUCACACUCAACACUGAGGCACAUGCACAAACAAGACAAGAUUGGGAACACGCAGCAAUAAACCACCCCAAUCGACCCAGAGUAUUGUUGGGUAAAAUGAAAAAUCUGAUGGAAAACGAGGAACUGGGGCAUACUGCAACGAGGGAGAAGCGGAAAAGGUGCCUAGCCCAACCAUGUUUGGAUGACGGACUAGAUUCUAGUCUUAAGAAGAUGAAACUUUCAGAGUCCUUUUCGUCAGCCCAGGUGAUUGUCCAUCCGGUGAUGGGAACAGCCACAAUGGCAUCAUCUAGUAUUCCUAUUCAUCGGCACCCUGAUGAAUCUGGUAUAUGGGUGCAGAACCCCGGCCACCCUUAAUUUUUCAAAUGCAUGCCACUUUCUUUUUUUUAUCUUUGUUUAUAAUCAUAAAUUUGUGUCUCUCUCUUGUUUAUUUCCUAAAAACAUCCGACAUUAAUGCUGUCGGUGGAUUUCUUUUCAUCGAAAGACAGUCAAGUUGCAGUGGACAGUAGUGGCCCUUUCUGUUGUGCAGAUUUCUGAAUUUGGUUUGCUGGAGUUUGAGCGGUUAACGGUUUGUUGUUCUACUUGGGUUUAGUAGUCUGUAGUCUAUAAUAUGAAGACGAUUAAUCACAUUCCGCAGCUAUUCUAGAAUCAGACAUAACGGAUGCAGAGCAGAUGUUGUAUUGUAUGAUUGUAUCCAUAGUCUAAACAAGUUUGUGGAACUCAUUGUACCUUUUC